AUGGCGCUUUUGCGACGCUAUGGGCUAUACACCGUCCUCGCCGUGGGCUUCCUGUACAUGCUUUGGUCCCUCAGCUUUCCAUACGAGCAGCCUGGCGACGCGCCUGUAAACGCCGACAAAGGCCCGGAGAGCCAGCAAAGCCAACAACCAAAGAAAGAGCAAAAGUACAAGUCUUUCGAUUGGACAAAGGUCCCCUUCAAAAACCGCAUCGAGUCCCUCGUUCCACUACCAGCCGGCGAACCGAAAGCCUUACCACCCAUACAAUUCAACUUUGGACAGGAAGAUGCUACGGCCAAGAACAUACGCGAGACGAGGAAGGAAGAGGUUAAGAAACAAUUCCUGAAAUGCUGGAAGAGUUACAGAAGCCACGCAUGGAUGCACGACGAAGUCCGACCUAUAAGCGGAGAGGCAGCGGAUCACUUUGGAGGCUGGGCGGCCACCCUCAUCGACGCGCUCGACACACUAUACAUAAUGGGCUUUGAAGAGGAGUUCUCGUCCACCAUCAAGGAUAUCGAACAAAUCGACUUUGGAUACACCGAUUUGGACCACAUCAAUGUGUUCGAGACGAACAUACGGCAUUUGGGUGGUCUUCUGGCAGCUUUCGAGCUUAGCGGGGACCAGAGGUUAUUGAACAAGGCGAAGGAGGCGGGCGAGAUGCUAUACCAUGCAUUCGACACACCCAACCACCUACCAAUCACGCGAUGGCAGUUCCGUGCAGCGGGCGAGGGCAAACCACAGGUAGCGGACGAGCAGGUCCUCCUUGCGGAGAUCGGAAGUCUGACCAUGGAGUUCACACGCCUCUCGCAAUUGACCGGGGACCCGAAAUGGUACGACGCGGUCAACAGGGUAACCAGACUUCUCGAAGAACAGCAGGACAAGACCAAGCUACCGGGCAUGUGGCCUCUCAUUGUCAACGCUCGAACUGCGGACUUCACUGCUGACAGUGGAUUCACCCUGGGGAGUAUGGCUGAUUCAACGUACGAGUAUAUUGGCAAGCAAUAUGCGCUGCUCGGUGGUCAAGACGCCAUCUAUCGCAAGAUGUACGAGAGAGCGAUGGACACGGCAUCCAAAUAUGCCUUGUUCAGGCCAUCAACCCCAGAGAACUCCGACAUGCUCAUGUCAGGAUUUGUCCGUGCCGAAGGUGCGACGACGGCGUUGGACCCAGAGAUGCAACACUUGGCAUGCUACACAGGUGGCAUGUUUGCCCUCGGCGGAAAGCUAUUCCAGAACGACGAACAUGUCACGAUCGGUCGGAAGUUGGCAGACACUUGUGUUUGGGCCUACAAGGCAUCGCCCGCAGGUAUCAUGCCCGAAGUAUCGCAUCUCCUCAUGUGCGACAAUACGACAACCUGCGUAUGGGACGAGAAAGCAUGGCUCGAUGGUAUACUAUCCCGGACAUCUAAUGCUGCGGACGAAAAGGAUCCGUUGAAGAACAUUGCGAACCUCCGCCUCCCCAGCGGCUUCAUCAGUGUCGAUGAUAGAAGGUACAUUCUCAGGCCGGAGGCUAUCGAGAGUGUCUUCAUCAUGCACCGCAUCACAGGGGAGCAGCAAUGGCAAGCUGCUGCAUGGGAUAUGUGGACGGCUAUACAGCGCUCCACAGACACUGACAUCGGUAAUUCUGCAUUGAUAGACGUAUCUGCCGACUCUCCACCGAGAGCGGACAGCAUGGAGAGCUUCUGGAUGGCGGAAACGCUAAAGUACUUUUACCUGACGUUCAGCGAGCCAAACGUCAUCAGCCUGGACGACUGGGUCUUCAACACCGAAGCCCAUCCCUUCCGCAUCCCGAAACCAAAGGCAGCGUAA